UGCUUCCGCCUCCUCUCGGCCGUGUUGGUCUUAUCGCGAGAUCACCGCCCGGUCACGAAGUCAACGCAGAGCAACAUGGCGGAAGAGGAGGUGGCCAAGCUGCAGAAACAUCUGGCCCUGCUGAGGCAGGAGUACGUGAAGAUGCAGCAGAAGCUGGCUGACACAGAGAGACGCUGCGCUGUCCUUGCUGCUCAAGUGUCUGUCCAAGGCCCCACCACGCCAGCAUCUGCGGACACCUUUAUUAGUCGUCUUCUGGACAUUGUGUCAGACCUGUAUCAACAGGAACAAUACAGUGAUUUGAAAGUGAAAAUCGCGGGGAAUCAGCUCAAUGCCCACAAGUUUAUUCUAGCUGCACGCAGCGAUGUCUGGAGUCUGACCAAUAUGGCCACCACCUCUGAAUUGGACUUGUCUGACUGCAAACCUGAGGUUGCUCUGGCAAUGUUGCGCUGGGCAUACACCGACAACCUGGAGCUCAGUGAAGAUGAUGCAUUUCUCAUUGACUUGAUGAAGCUGGCCAACCGCUUUCAGCUUCUGUUGCUCAGAGAAAGGUGUGAAAAAGGCGUCAUGUCCUCAGUGAACGUCAGGAACUGCAUUCGCUUCUAUCAAACAGCCGAGGAGCUAAACGCCACAACUCUGAUGAACUACUGUGGGGAGAUCAUAGCCAGUCACUGGGAUGACCUCAGGAAAGAAGAUUUCAGCACCAUGAGCGCUCAACUAUUGUACAAGAUGAUCAAGUCUAAAACGGACUAUCCUCUCCACAAAGCCAUCAAAGUUGAGCGAGAAGAUGUGGUUUUCCUCUAUCUCAUCGAGAUGGACUCUCAGUUGCCAGGCAAGCUGAAUGAACCGGACAACAAUGGCGAUCUGGCUCUAGACUUGGCACUGUGCCGAAAAUUGGAAAGCAUUGCCACCACUUUAGUGAACAAUAAAGCAGAUGUGGAUAUGGUGGACCAGAGUGGAUGGAGUCUUCUGCAUAAAGCGAUCCAAAGAGGUGACGAAUUUGCCGCCGUCUUCCUAAUUCGUCACUCAGCUCAGGUCAACGCCGCCACUGUGGGAGCGGUGGAAACCCCUCUUCACCUCGUUUGUUCUUUUAGCCCCAAGAAACACUCUGUAGAAGUCAUGAGUGGCAUGGCGCAGAUUGCAGAAGCUCUGCUUAAAGCUGGAGCCAAUCCUAACAUGCAAAACAGCAAGGGCAGAACUCCCUUGCAUGAAGCUGUAUCUUCGGGCAAUGAGCCAGUGUUCAACCAGCUACUUCAAUGCAGGCAGCUUGACCUGGAACUUAAAGACCACGAGGGCAGCACAGCUUUGUGGUUGGCUCUGCAGUAUAUCACAGUGUCUUCAGACACUUCUGUAAAUCCAUUCGAGGAUGAUGCCCCGGUUGUGAACGGCACCUCAUUUGAUGAGAACAGUUUUGCGGCACAAUUAAUCCAGAGAGGGAGCAAUGCCGACGCACCUGACGCAUCAACGGGAAACUGCCUAAUGCAGAGAGCAGCGUGUGCAGUCAAUGAGGCAGCUGCUCUUUUCUUAGCCUCUCAUGGGGCACAAGUCAACCAUGUUAACAAAUGGGGGGAAAGCCCUCUUCACACUGCUUGUCGUUUUGGCCUUGCAAGCCUGACAGCAGAGCUGCUCCAGCAGGGCGCAAAUCCCAACCUGCAGACCUUGAAGCCUCUGCCAGAUGACACCUUUGGUGUGGCUACGCAGACCCCCCUUCACAUGGCCAUCGCUCACAACCAUCCGGAUGUGGUCUCUGUCAUCCUAGAGCAAAAAGAAAAUGCACUUCAUGCCUCCAAUAAUUUCCAGAUCAUUCCCGACUUCAGUCUCAAAGAUUCUAUGGACCAGACAGUUUUGGGCUUGGCCCUCUGGACAGGUAUGCACACCAUAGCAGCUCAACUUCUGGGCUCAGGAGCGUCUAUAAAUGACACCAUGUCCAAUGGACAAACCUUACUCCACAUGGCCAUCCAAAGGCAGGACAGCAAGAGUGCCCUGUUCCUUCUUGAGCACCAGGCAGACAUCAAUGUUAGGACCCAGGAGGGACAAACAGCACUGCAGUUGGCCAUCAGUAAUCAGUUGCCAUUAGUAGUGGAUGCUAUUUGUACAAGAGGAGCUGACAUGUCUGUGGUGGAUGACAAAGGGGACCCUCCCUUAUGGCUUGCUCUGGAGAAUGGCCUGGAGGAUAUUGCAUCCACGCUGGUUCGCCAUGGCUGUGAUGCAACAUGUUGGAGCAAAGGCCCUUCUGGCUGCCAACAGACCCUCUUGCACAGAGCUGUUGAUGAGAACAAUGAAAUCACGGCUUGCUUUCUGAUCCGCAGUGGUUGCGAUGUGAACAGCCCAAGGCGGCCAGGCCCAAAUGGUGAAGGAGAAGAAGAAGCCAGAGAUGGGCAAAUGCCUCUUCACCUAGCAAGCAGCUGGGGCCUGGAAGAGGUGGUGCAGUGCCUUCUAGAAUUUGGAGCUAGUGUUAAUACACAGGAUGCAGAGGGGAGAACUCCUAUCCAUGCUGCCAUUAGCAACCAGCACAACGUUAUCAUACAACUCCUGAUUUCCCAUCCGGACAUCCGUCUUAACAUACGUGACCGCCAAGGAAUGACACCCUUUGCCUGUGCCAUGACGCACAAGAACAACAAAGCAGCCGAAGCAAUCCUCAAAAGGGAGCCAGGUGCUGCCGAACAGGUUGACAAUAAAGGGCGUAAUUUCCUUCAUGUGGCUGUGCAAAAUUCAGAUAUCGAAAGUGUUCUGUUCCUCAUUAGUGUGCAAGCUAAUGUGAACUCCAGGGUUCAGGAUGCCGCUAAACUCACCCCUCUCCACCUGGCUGUACAAGCUGGAUCCGAGAUCAUUGUUCGAAACUUGCUGCUUGCCGGAGCCAAAGUAAACGAAUUGACCAAACAUCGGCAAACCGCCCUGCAUCUGGCUGCUCAACAGGAUUUGGCCACCAUUUGCUCUGUGCUUUUGGAAAAUGGCAUUGACUUUGCUGCUGAGGAUGAGAAUGGCAAUAAUGCUCUUCACCUGGCAGUGAUGCAUGGCCGCCUUAACAAUGUCAGAUCACUUCUCACAGAGUCCAACAUUGAUGCCGAGGCCUUUAAUCUCAGGGGUCAGUCACCAAUGCACAUUUUAGGCCACUAUGGUAAAGAAAACGCUGCUGCCAUUUUUGAGUUGUUCCUGGAGUGUAUGCCUGAAUAUCCUUUGGACAAGCCAGAUAAUGAGGGGAACACAGUAUUGCUCCUGGCCUAUAUGAAAGGGAACGCUAACUUGUGCCGUGCCAUUGUGAGGGCUGGUGCUCGCCUGGGCAUCAAUAAUAAUCAGGGGAUUAACAUUUUCAACUAUCAAGUAGCAACAAAACAGUUGCUUUUCCGCCUUCUUGAUAUGCUGUCCAAAGAGCCCCCUUGGUGUGAUGGUUCCAACUGCUACGAGUGUGUUGCCAAGUUUGGCGUUACAACAAGGAAACAUCACUGCCGUCACUGUGGGCGCCUCUUGUGCCACAAGUGCUCUAUAAAGGAGAUCCCCAUCAUCAAGUUUGAUUUGAACAAGCCGGUGAGGGUGUGUGACAUCUGCUUUGAUGUACUAACUCUGGGUGGAGUGUCUUAAUGCACUGGCCUGGAUUUUCCCCGGAUGGCAAUGGUCGCCACGCUGGGGCCCAACUUAGUAGUUACUGGGUACAUCAUAAAGGACAUCAGUAGCAGUACGUACUAAAAAGAGUAUUCUGACCGAUUCUGGACCAUUGUCUUUCUACUAUGCCAGUCUUGUGAAAAGCAUUCAUGUUUUAAUGGAACGUUUAUUCAUUUUGUUGUUGAUCAAAGUGUCAAAAGAUAUCAAUGAAUAGAAGGCAGUUUCGCGACUGCUGGACUGAGGUAACUUAAACUCACUGUUGGCAAUGAUUCACUUGUUUUCUAAACAAAUAGUUGCUUCUUUCGGUCAUUGCAAUUCAAGGAUAAACAUCUUAAUUACCGAAGCAGGGUUGGUAAGAUGUUUAUCUGUGGUGAAUUAUUUCACUCUCUGCAGCUCAUGAGAGGCACCUAUGCAGAGAGAAAUGUUUAAUGCAACAUGAAUAAUACGCUCACGCCAUCAAAAUGCUUUGCAACCUGUAAAAGAAAAUCAAAAUCAUAAGGUCGUUAUGAAUUGAACUCUUCCUCUUGUGACUGUGUACUGUUUUCCCUGGAUAAAUUAUUAAAUCAAAUACACUUUGCAAGACUCUGAAGCAUAACAUGGACAGUUCCAUUUCAUGUGUGGUUGGGGGGUGGCAUAACUGCCCACAAAUAUGAAAUUGUUGAUGAACGGGAUGCUUGAACCAUUGAUACAUUUGGUCUGUAUAAGUACUGACAAGCAACUUUGUAUGCCUGCAUGUACUAUAAUUUGUACCAUUUCAAGAUCAUGUCUUCUUUUUAAAAUCAGUCAGCAUCUGAGUACAUUCCAGUUUUGACUUGGCCAAGAGGUUGUAUAUCAGUUGUGAUGACUGUCCCCACGAUGAUGCCUCAAGUCAAGUUGUCUUGACCCGACACAUUUAUCGCUUUGAUUUUCUAAACCUAAAAGGUGCACUUUAUAAAGAUCAUGUGACAUGUCCGAUGGGUUGGUGGAGUCAGAAUGAUAGGGAUGGCCGAUUAGUGCGGUCUCUUAAGUAUUGUUAAAUUGUACAGAUAAAUGUGUAAUAUUUUUGACCAAUGCUACCAUUUUUGUACUUACUGCAGUUUGUGAUCGCCAUUGUGACACUUAAAUCUUGCCUCUGUUAAUCUUUUAUGCACAUUGUAAAAUCUUUUCUGCACAUGUAUCGUAUCUGUAUGCUCAGAUAUCUAGGCCGUUUCUUCCAAGUGUAUCCUUUUUAGAGAAAGGAAGAACAACUUUACAUAAAGGUCAUUUAAAACAA